GGGAGGGAGGGAGAAGAAACCUGCAGCUGUAAUCUCACCCCGAGUCCCGUGGCAGAUCCAUCUAUCAGCCCACGCUGGGGAGGGGGAGUACUGGACAGAUGGAGGAGGACGAGGGGAUGGAUAGAUUGAAAGAGAGAUAGAGCGGGUGAGGGACUGGCUUGCUGUUUUACAGUAAAGCCAGUACAAGCAUGCCUGUUAUGGCCUCCUUACUUGCCCCAGUUUCGGCACGCUGGGGGAUUGCAUGUCGUCCAUUUUCCUUGCGAUGUUUAGCAGAGAGGAAGCAUGAGGCUGUUCUCUUUGUGUCUUGGUGUUUAUUCAGCACUAAGGUGUUUGCCAAGCAGCAUGUUUAUAUAACACCAAUGAGGAGAGCAGUGAAAGGACUCAUCUGUGUUCAGUGAAGCUCCCAGGGUAGAAUGGAGGACAGAUGCCGAAUUGAACACACCUCACAUGCUGGUAGGUGUUAAAACGGGUAAAAGCUGUGUCAAAAUACUACAAGGCCACCACCAAUGGGCUUUAUGUGAGGCUGUUCUCCGACAGGAUUUUAAUUUCCUGAAGGCUUUAAUAACAAGCAAGUGUGCUCUGCUGAAACAUGACGAGCAAGCUAAUGCUCACACACACAGCAUCAGUAUGGAAAGAGAUGCCCACCAAGGCUGCAGAGCUGACAAAUCAAAUGAAGCUACUUAAUGGCCAAUCAAACAUAUAUCCACUGACCUUAGAGACAGACCCACAGGUGACACCAGACUAAUUGAUAGAUUACUUGGAUUAGCACUGAGAAAAGGAGAGUGGCUAGUAUAAUGAUAUUGCGCUAAGUCACCGCCCUUGCUAACCUGAGGGCUUAGGGUUCUCUUAAGACUUGAGGUCAGAGGUGAACGAGUGACUGAACAUAGACACACAUACACACAAAACACAAACUCUCCAAACAAUUGUGUGAAGCAGGUAAAGAGCCAAAGCAAAGCUAAAACUAAGGCAGCAUGCUGUCAGAUAUUCCUGCUCUUUGUGUUCUCAUGAAAAUACACCAUAGACAAGGCUACAAGGAUGUUGAUCACCACAAGGACAAGCUUUGCGUUUAUCUCCUGAAGUCAUUUCCUGCUAUACUUCCCAGAAUUAAUAGCCCAUUCAAGUUUAUAGCCUAGGAAUGAUGUGGGUUUAAACAAAUUGAAGUGCGUGCUUUUAAAAAAAAAAGGAGCUCAAAAUUGCUAAACAAAGAAAAGAAGGGAGGCAAGGCUAGCAAACAACCCAGCUGCUGUUUUUUUGAAAGAAUGUAACAGAAAUACACUCAGCCUUAUUUAGCCUUGCAGCAUCAUCUCUCGCUCUCGCUCUCGCUCUCGCUCUCUCUCUCUCUCUCUCUCUCUCUCUCUCUCUCUUUCUCUGUCUCUCUCAGUCUCUCUCCUCCAGAACGACGUAUUCCAGAUGUGCUGAAUGUUAUGUGUGUGUGUUUGUGUGUACGUGUCAGUGUGCGUAUGUGAAGGCAAGAACAGUUUAUGGAGAAUAACAACACUGAUUAUCUACAUCUGUUUCUGCGGAGGCAUUUCCAACGUGGAGGCUAAAUGUUUUGUAUGGGCGGUUUUUCAGAACAUAUGCGCAUUGCACACUCAACUGUUUUCUCACAUCUUUUGCAUGUGAAAGAAGUUAAGGGUUCUGGGCUGUGUACUCCUCCCUGGCAUUCGGCAGCCGGGAGCCAGAGAGUCUGGAGAUGAAUAAGUUGCGUCAGAGCCUCCGCCGGAAGAAGCCCACAUACGUGCCCGAGGCCAGCCGACCCCACCAGUGGCAGGCCGAUGAGGAGGCUGUACGCAAGGGCAAGUGUAGCUUCCCCGUGCGGUAUCUGGGCUUGGUGGAAGUGGACGAGUCCAGGGGAAUGCAUGUAUGUGAGGAGGCGGUGAAGAAACUCAAAGUUAGUGGGAAGAAAACAGUGAAGGCGGUGCUGUGGGUGUCCGCAGACGGCCUGAGGGUUGUGGACGACAAGACUAAGGACCUCAUUGUGGACCAGACCAUCGAGAAGGUGUCCUUCUGUGCGCCCGACCGCAACUACGACAAAGCCUUCUCCUACAUCUGCCGCGACGGCACCACCCGCCGAUGGAUCUGCCACUGCUUCAUGGCACUCAAGGACUCGGGGGAGCGCCUUAGUCACGCCGUUGGCUGCGCCUUCGCCGCCUGCCUUGAGCGCAAACAACGACGGGAGAAGGAGUGCGGCGUCACCGCCUCGUUCGACGCCAGCCGCACGUCCUUCGUCCGCGAGGGCUCCUUCCGGGUGACGUCGGGCAGCCAGCAGUGUGAGCAGCAACUCCCGGAUAAGAAGAAAGAACCCUCUAUGUCAACCAUGCCGCCUGGCAACGCCUCGCCUCCGGAGGGCGCUUCCUCGCCAGGGGGUUGCGGCGAGCCGCACGCCAUUCCGCGGCGUCACGCCCCCCUGGAGCAGCUGGUGCGGCAGGGCUCGUUCCGCGGCUUUCCGGCGCUCAGCGGGAAGAACUCGCCCUUCAAGCGGCAACUGUCGCUGCGUCUCAACGACCUGCCCUCCACGCUGCAGCGCAAGACCGACUUCCAGACCAAGAACCCAGUCCCAGAGAUGGACCUGACUAUGUCUGGAGAGGGCGACGGCAUCAACGCACUGUGUUGCCAAAUCAACAGCUCCUUCACCAGACCAUCAGAGGAGCUGUAUGCCAAACCCUCCACUAACGGCUUACCAGUCAACACCACCAUCCCCCCCAUGAUCCCCCCUCCACCUGCCCCACUGCAGGCCACCACCUCGUGGGUGCAGACUGAAAGCCCCGGGCAGGCGCCCCCUGCUGGCCCACAGGGGGGGCACAAGCGGACUCCUUCAGAGGCCGAGCGCUGGUUGCAGGAGGUCUCCAAGGCAGUGAUGGCCACGCAGUCUACUCCACCCCUGCUUCCUGCCCCCACCAUACAGCCACCUCCGAUACCCACCCUACCGGGUCCGCCGGUGCCCACCUUAGCUGGGCCAACAUUACCGACCUUUGUGGGCCCUCCAGGACCAACCCUAGCAGCUCCGCCAUGCUCCCUGCCCACAGCCAUGCAGCCCUUCCCCCUGGCGUUCGAUGCCACCCCGGCGCCGGUGGGAAUGUUUGCCCAGCCGCCCCUCCAGCCUGCCUUUGUGGCCAUGCAGGCCUACAUGCCCGCCAUGGCUAACAGCAUGACGUACCCCAACGCUAGCGUUCCAGUGGUGGGCAUCACACCCUCCCAAAUGGUGGCCAACGUCUUCUGCACGGCAUCCGGAUCAGGUGGAGCGGCCUCGAUGGGAGUUAACAUGGGGGCCAAGACCGCCGUGAUGAGCACCGGGCAUCCGCCGGCGUUCCAGAACCUUCCCGGAGGCUUCCCAGCGGUUCCCUUCGCCACUGCGCCGAUGGUCAACGGCCUCCCACAUAAUCCCACUUACGCCACCAGUGUAACGUCGAACGGGGGAAACCACUGCAUGGGAGCCAACAGUGUGAGCAUGGCUAGCAGCCUGGCCAGCAGCAUGGCGAGCAGCGUGGGCAGCAGUGGCAGCGGUGGCGGCUGGCCCAUGGAGAGUGCGCUGCCGCCGCCGCCAGCCCGCCCACCCGCUGGCGCUCAGGAGGCCGAUCACUUCGAGGCGAAGUGGGCGGCCCUCGAGUCCAAAACACAGCCCAAAACAGCCAACCCCUUUUCCAAUGACUUACAAAAGACCUUUGAGAUCGAGCUUUAACUGUAUCGAACUGUGCCAGGGGACUGGGGGGUGGUGGGCUGGCCCCUGUUCCCCAAAGCAAGACUGAAACCACUUUGCUCCACCCAACCCCCCUCCCCCAACCCCCCACUGCUUUUGUUUCUCUUCUCCCGUGUAGAUUUGAUCCUCCGUUUUCUUUCUACCGAGAGAGUCUCCAGAGUGCCCCUGUACCCUGAAUGCCACGAGAGGAUUGUUUCCAUGGAGGGGCGGCAGGGGUUGUCAUCUUGCAUCCUGUGUCCAUUGAAGAAGUCACCACCCAGAACACUUAUUACCCCCCUGAGUCAUGCGUUUCAGGCCUCCGCCAUGGCAUUAAGACAGCGAGUCUAAGCUUGAGUUCAUAUUAACUGUCACAAGCGAUGAUCUCAGUUCACAAGCAAAUGAGGAAAAAAAAGACGACGAGUGCUUAGCUGAUGAACUGAACAGAAGGUCCCCGGUUUGCUAUUUAUUAUUUCCAUUUUUACAACUUAUAUGUUAAAUCUGAUAUUUUUAUUCCACAAGAAAAAAUGGUAUGUUUUUUUGAUGGUUUUCCCUGUAUUUAUUUCUGUUGAGCGGGAAAAUGGGAAUUGUAAUUGGGCCUGUUUUAGCGGGAGGAGGAAUGACUCACCAAACGAGAAGCUGUGUAGUGUGAGCCAUAUUGAUGGAUACUGUGUGGGCGGGCGGACGGAAGGAAGGAGUGAGAGAAAGAAAAGAGAGAGUGUGUAAAUAGCAUGUUUCUUUUUUACUCUCCCUCUAUGUACUAUACCCGAGUGUGGCUUCCACUUGUUAUUUCAACCUCAGUGAGUCACUGUUGAAAACCACCAUGUCACCACGUCCCUCAUUACACUUGGCCUGCCUCACCAGGGUCCCCAGAAUGUGGUAGAAUGUUCUGGAAGCUUCAUGAAUGGCACAUCUGACAUCAGAAAAAGGGCCACCGAGACCAGUCCUUCAUUACAGUGCUUUUUUUUAUGUUCUCCAAAGGGAAAUCGUCACUGUGCAGCCAGACCCUGGGGACAUGGAGGAUUGAGAUGGGGAGGGGUGGGGGUGGGGAGUUUGUCCCUGUGUAGAGCGCCUGUAAGAGCUUUGACUGGAAGGGUUUGGAGUAGAGGAGGUAGAAGACAUCAAACAGCCCCAAGAUAACCACAGACAUGGUGCUGACCUGGCAUGAAUUCACCACCAGAUUAGGUGCCACAGCUGCUCCCAAAUCAGUCGCUAUUUCGGAUGCUGCUACUGCUGUUUAAACCUUUCCGCUUCGUGGAGAGGCGGUUACACAGUUAUUAUCCAGACUCUAAUAAGAUCUUUUCCAAGAUCAGCACCACAAGUAAUAGUAACAGACAAGGUCUGUUUUUUAAGUGAAGGACCGCUAGACCUGAUCAGUUCUGUGACUAAGGCCUUCUGAACAGGACAGGGCAGACCAUCCAAUCAAGCAGCAACAUUGACAUUUAGGAAAGGUUACGGCAUCACGCAGGGUUUGUUUGAGCUGGCGUGUUGAAUCUUGUGGGGGACGACCGCAGGUAGAGGACUUCAGAGGGACCGAGGAAAGGUGGACUAGAAAGGGCUGACUUAGAGGAGAGAGGGGCAGAGAUGAACAGGGCAACAGCUGGAGGAGGGAGGAGCAGAAGAAGGAAGAAGCGGUGAAAGUUGCUUAUCGGCUUAGAAUGUGGAAGACUACAGGAAGUAAACGAAAGCCUCUGCGAAAGGAAUCGGCAGGUUAAGAUGGUUUAAACAGGGAUGAAUCGAAAGGAUAGAAUUUUUGAAAAAGGGGUGAUUGAACGCUACGUGGAAAUGUUUCCGUUUAUUUUUUAUAUCCAUUGAGGUUCCAAAUGUUCUUAUUUAUAAUUGUAUCACUGACAAAGAAUUUAUUUUUUCAAGUAAUCCAAAAAAUUUGACCCCCCUCUCUUAGUAGUUUUUUCUGUCCAUUCCAUCAAAUAGACAUACAAAUGAGGGAAUUGUGUCACACAGAUGUCUGUGUUUUCUUGUAUGUAAACAUCAUGACAUUUGUAUCUCUCCUAAAGCAACUAAGAAUGACUAAUACGCGGGGAAGAGAACACUGUGCGGGGCAUACCACAUUCCUAAUGGCAUGUUCCAUUGACUUUGACCAAAUUAGCCAAACAAGCCUGGAAUGAUGCAAGAGUGGCUCCAGUCGGGAGCCAAGGGACGGGGUUGGCACAGGGCAAUCCUUGAGGGUAAGGGGGAUUUUUCAGUCAUGGAAAAGAGCGAGGAGGACAAAUUUAGAGAGCAAAAUACACAAUCUUUCUUGACCACUGCAGAAACAGAGAUCAGCUUCACCGCUCUAAAGGAAGCAGUGGAGAGUUAGGGGGGAAGGGUUAGUUUUGACAGUCUCUUAUUGAUUUCAGGAAAAUGGGUCUAAAAGGAAUAUACCACACACUCACACACACACACACACACACACACACACAGCCACACUCUCUCUCACACACACUCUCACUCACACACUCACACUCUUUUACAGAGUUCUUCAGAGCUCCCUCGCUGGGUUGAGCUGAUAGCAUGGCAUGCAGCAAAUCUACUGGUUUAUGUUCUUCAUUUGCUGGUCAUUAACUCCUACUUAGCAGGUCAAGCAAGACCAGCCUUCUCUCUUUGUGUGGCCCAGUGACACUCUCGCCUAAUCCCCAGUCCCAAAGACAUGACCGCGGUAGGUAGGGGGGGUCCCCAGUCGAGUUUUCUGGGCUCAUUCGUUCUUUCAUUAUUUUAAAGUGGGGAAGUGCUGCCCCAGUGUUUUAUGCAGAGGACAGUCAUGGUGCAAUUGGUGUUAAUUUAUUGGCUCUGGCCAUUUUGUCCACAUAAAAAAAAAAAAAGGAAUAAAUGAAAUUAAAAAUGUAGGUUGUUCAAAACAAACUAAAAAUUACCUCAUAAACUUGAUUGUAAAACUGUAGUGUAGUGAUAACAAGCCAGUGGAGUUUAUUUUUAAUCUUUAUUUACAGAAUUUUGUAUUUAAACCUACAUAUUUGUAUUGUAAUUACAUUGUACAAAGAUAAAUAAAUAAUAUAAUAUAAAAAAAAAA